CUGUGUGGAGGCCAUCGACUUCGACUCACAGGCCUGCCAGCUGCGAGUCAAGGGCACUAACAUCCAAGAGAACGAGUAUGUCAAGAUGGGGGCCUACCACACCAUCGAGCUGGAGCCCAACCGGCAGUUCACGCUGGCAAAGAAGCAGUGGGACAGCGUGGUGCUGGAGCGCAUCGAGCAGGCCUGCGACCCAGCCUGGAGCGCUGAUGUGGCAGCCGUGGUCAUGCAGGAAGGGCUGGCUCAUGUCUGCCUGGUCACUCCGAGCAUGACGCUGACCCGUGCCAAGGUGGAGGUGAACAUCCCCCGCAAGCGGAAAGGGAACUGCAGUCAGCACGACCGGGCCCUGGAGAGGUUUUAUGAGCAGGUGGUUCAAGCCAUCCAGCGGCAUAUCAACUUUGAGGUGGUGAAGUGUGUACUGGUGGCUAGCCCAGGCUUUGUCCGGGAGCAGUUUUGUGACUACAUGUUCCAGCAGGCGGUCAAGACUGACAACAAGCUUCUGCUGGAGAACAGGUCCAAGUUCCUACAGGUUCACUCUUCCUCGGGACAUAAAUACGCAUUGAAGGAAGCCCUCUGCGACCCAGCUGUAACUAGCCGCCUCUCUGACACUAAGGCAGCUGGUGAGGUCAAAGCCUUAGAUGACUUCUAUAAAAUGCUGCAGCAUGAGCCUGACCGGGCUUUUUAUGGCCUGAAACACGUGGAGAAGGCCAAUGAAGCCAUGGCCAUCGAUACCUUGCUGAUCAGCGAUGAGCUUUUCCGACACCAGGAUGUGGCUACACGUGCCCGAUAUGUUAAAUUGGUAGAUAGUGUACGGGAGAACAUGGGAACAGUGCGCAUUUUCUCCAGCCUUCAUGUGUCUGGAGAACAGCUUGGCCAGCUGACAGGGGUGGCAGCCAUCCUGCGCUUUCCUGUUGCUGAGCUGUCUGACCAGGAAGAUGAAUCUAGCUCUGAGGAGGAUUGAUAACAGUGACUUCAUUCCACAGUUUCUUUUCCAAGUCAUGUUGAAAUGACAUCAAAGGCCCUCCCUUCCUAAACAUCGUGUGCAGAUGUGCCAUGCCAUGUAAUUUAAGUUUUUGAUAGUAUUUCUUACAGUAUAUAGCUCUGCUCAGCACACUAACGGUAUCUGUUGUAUGGUAGUGUGAUAUUGUACGUUGGAGCCGACUGUUUUUGCAAGUUACACCCUGGACCUCGAGCAGUACAAGAAGCUAAUUUGACUCCCCAAAGCUGCUCGUUCUGCAUGUUAAGGCAGACUGGCAGCUUAGUGUUUUGGAAUGUGUAUGAAAAGAUAAUAAACUAAGAGGAAGAAAA